GCUCCACCCACCUCCCCUCUUAUCUCUUCUCCCGCUUCGCACAAAAAAGCGUUUCCGAGCUCUCACUACACGUUUCCGAACCCCCACUUCUCCCGAGCACGAAGCAAUCCUUCAUGCUUCUCGUACACCCUCCUUUUCCCUUCCCUUUCACUCCCAAAACUCUCCACCUCUCUCAUCUUGCCCCCUCCCCAAUUUACUUCUAACUAUUGUAGCGGCGGCGCGAGGGACUCUUCUGUAAUUAGGCGAAAUUUGGGGGGAUGAGGAAGCAAAAUGGCGGGGAGGUCGAGAUUAGGGUUCAGCCGCGGUUCGGGGACAAUGCGGUGCGCCCGCUCGAGGUGAGCCCGAGCGCGGCAACGGCGGUGGCGGCGCCGUGGCUGGUGCCGGCGAUCGUGGCGGCGAACGUGGUGGUGUUCGCGGUGACCAUGUCCGUGAACGAUUGCCCCAAGCGGAGCUCCUCCUGCGUCGUCCGCUUCCUCGGGAGGUUCUCGUUCCAGCCCCUCAAGGAGAACCCCCUCCUCGGCCCCUCCUCCUCCACGUUGGAGAAGAUGGGGGCUCUAGAUGUGAAUAAGGUGGUUAAGGAGCACCAAGGAUGGCGUCUGAUCACUUGCAUUUGGCUACAUGCUGGGGUUGUUCACAUACUUGCCAAUAUGAUAAGCCUUCUCCUUAUUGGAAUUCGACUAGAGCAAGAAUUUGGGUUUGUGAAAAUUGGUCUUAUAUAUGUCAUUUCUGGGCUUGGUGGGAGCUUGUUGUCUGCUCUCUUCAUCCAAUCAAAUAUAUCUGUUGGUGCCUCCGGUGCUGUUUUUGGUUUACUUGGAGCCAUGCUUUCCGAACUAAUAAUGAAUUGGACUAUCUAUGCAAAUAAGUUUGCUGCACUGGUGUCCCUAUUGUUCAUAGUAGUAAUAAACUUGGCUGUCGGAAUACUCCCACAUGUCGACAACUUUGCUCAUAUUGGAGGGUUUCUCUCUGGGUUUCUUCUUGGUUUUGUUUUUCUUAUUCGCCCUCAGUUUGGGUGGAUCAGCCAAAAGAAUGAUGCUCCUGGAUAUCAAACAGGCGUAGUUCGACAGAAACACAAGGUUUAUCAAUAUGUAUUGUGGGCAAUUGCUUCCAUCUGUUUAAUUGUUGGGUUCACUGUUGGUCUCGUUAUGCUAUUUCGAGGGGUCAAUGGAAAUGAUCAUUGUUCCUGGUGCCAUUAUCUGAGCUGUGUUCCUACUAAAAAAUGGAGCUGCAAUUCAUCGCCAACCUAUUGCACGUCAUCUCAAAAUGGUAACACCCUGAACUUAACAUGCGAAGGCAAUGGAAGAAGCGGUAGCUACUUGUUGCCUAAUGCAACUGAAGCUCGAAUUAAAGACUUGUGCACACAGCUCUGCAGCUGAGAGUGGUAAACUGGUUGUUCCUCGUUCCCCUUUGUGGGUUCUUCAUAUACAUGGAAAUUAUAUGCUUGAAAGCUUUUGAUAACUGAAUUAAUUGUCUUUGAAUAGAAUUGGUUUUGCUUGUAAAGGCACAUUCAUAUAGGUUGUAUAAUAAGAAAUAUGGCCAAAUGUCUUAAACAACAAAUCUUUGAAAGAAUUUUUUUUUUUUUUAA